AUCUGCUGAAUCUGGCAAUUUCCGAUUUACUCUUUAUUCUUUCCUUACCAUUUUGGGCUUACUACGCAGCACGAAGGGGUGUAUGCCUGCCCUAUGUUUGUAAUGUGCAAAACUGAUUUACGCAGUGCAGCCGGUCUAAAAAACUAAGACAUCAGUGGCACUUCUUAGACAUUUGCAGGGUUUGAAUUCUUAAACUUUGGCAUAGGCAUACAGUUAUCUACCAUUUGAGCUACAGUAACUACCGGCAGGAGAAAGCUAUCAUCUGAGGGCACAACACAUGUGUAUGUGAACACCUGCAUCUAGAGAGUGGCUCAGGGGAGCCUGGAGUGCAUCUUUGCCCACAUCCUCCCAAGAGGACAGAACAAGAUGGAUAAAGAAGGAACUGACAUGACAACCUAUGAUUAUUAUAGUGGCUCAGAACCAUGCCAAAAAGCUGAUGUCAAAAAAUUUGCAUCCCUGUUUUUGCCACCGCUUUAUUCUUUGGUGCUGAUAUUUGGCCUGGUGGGAAAUGCGCUAGUUGUGCUGAUCCUGAUAAAAUACAAGAAGCUGAGAAGCAUGACUGACAUCUAUCUACUGAAUCUGGCGAUUUCUGAUUUGCUUUUUAUUCUUUCCCUGCCAUUUUGGGCUUACUACGCAGCACGUGAGUGGGAUUUUGGAAAUGCAAUGUGUAAAAUUCUUUCAGGGAUCUAUUAUGCUGGCUUCUACAGUGGAAUUUUUUUCAUAAUACUUUUGACAAUAGAUAGAUAUCUGGCCAUUGUCCAUGCAGUGUUUGCUUUAAAGGCUAGGACGGUUACCUAUGGCAUCCUCACAAGUAUUGUCAUUUGGGGUGUUGCAAUAUUAGCCUCUCUUCCAGGGUUUAUAUUUCACAAAGCUAAAAGGGAGUCAUCUCAUUUUACAUGUAGCCCUCAUUAUCCAUUGGGACAGGAAAGUAAAUGGAAGCAAUUCCAGACUUUAAAGAUGAACAUCCUGGGACUUGUCAUUCCACUGGUCAUUAUGAUCUUUUGCUAUGCCGAGAUUAUAAGGACAUUACUGAGAUGUAGGAAUGAGAAAAAACAUAAGGCAGUCAGGCUUAUUUUUAUCAUAAUGCUUGUUUAUUUUCUUUUCUGGGCACCAUACAACAUCGUUAUUCUCAUAUACACUUUUCAAGAUUCAUUUUCCCUAAAUAACUGUGAGGGGAGCAGUCAGCUGGAGCUAGCAAUCCAAGUGACAGAAGCGAUUGCAAUGAUCCACUGUUGUAUCAACCCCGUGAUCUAUGCCUUUGCUGGUGAAAAGUUUAGGAAAUAUCUUUAUACCUUUUUCCGAAACCGCAUUGCAAUCCAUUUAUGUAAAUAUUGCCCAUUUCUCUAUGCUGAGGCACCUGACCGAGUUAGUUCCACAUACACCCCAUCUACGGGGGAGCAGGAAUUCUCAGCUGCAUUGUGAAGGGUGUCUAAGUAAAAAAGUUACAUUCACUUUUGUGGAAACAGUUGUGCAAAGGACCAAAAUGCUUUGAAUACUUGGCUUCAAAGAGGCCACUAAAAGAGGGGUACCUACACGAUAUACAUGCAGAUGAAUUUUCUCCAGAAAAAAACAGCAUUUGUUCAUACAAACGGGUAUUUGUACAUUUAAAAAGGGGGUGUGCAUACCUAACUACUUACUUGGAUAUAGAAAUUUAGACUUUGGUAGAGACAUGUUCACCGCUUUUUUAGAAAAUACAAUAGAUAUGCCAUAUUUUGGUCAACUUGACUCUUGUGAUUUUGUUCUUUACACUAAGUCUCUGGGCUCAGGAAUAAACUUCCAACGUACCACUUAAGAGAAAGUAUAAUUUAGAACAUGAAAUGAGGUCAGAAGUGGAGACGCAUCAUCUUGAACUACCUCUCACAUCUUAGUACGAGAUAUGCCACUCAUUUGUAUUCAAAUGUAUUUCAUCCCACACAAACCUGGUGCUAUAUUAGCGUUAACUAUGUUAAAUUGACAUCUGUAAUACAAAAUCUUAAAAUUGAGAUCCUAGAAAAUGCCAUACAUUUGGGG